AUGAUGCUGCUCGGGGAGAAGCCGCCCCAUUUAAGCCGCAGCUCGAGCUCGCAGUCGACGACGUGGACUGACUCGACGAUCCACAACGAUCUCAACGUCAAGAUCGAGGUGAACGCGAGCACGCUCUCGGUCGAUGCCACGGGCAGCGUCGCGGUCCUCGCCGCUCGGAAAGGCCUUUACGUCAUCGACCUCGAGUCGCCGUACCAGCCGUCGCGCACGCUGCAUCAUCAGACCAAAUGGGACGUGACGGUCGUCAAGUGCAACCCGCACGUGCUCUAUAAGGGACUCGUGGCCUCGACGUCGAACCACAACACGCUGCUCUGGAACAUUGACCACAACAACACGAACAACGGCUUCCAGGGCGUCCUCUCGAGCCACCAGCCUCUCAUUGCGACGCUGCGCGCCCACACACGGCCCGUGAGCGACGUCGCGUGGUCGCCGUCCGAGCCCACGAUCCUCGCGACGUGCUCGGCCGACACGAAGACGCAUCUCUGGGACAUUCGCACGCCGCAAAAGCCCGUGCAAACACUCUGCGCGUUCACGACGAGCGCGACCCAUGUCGAGUGGAACCGGCUCGACCGACGUCGCUGGCGACCGCGCACGACGGCGAGCCUGCGCAACUAUGUGCUGCCAAGAAGCCCCGUGACGUCGGUGCUGAACGAAUCGAUCGCAGAAGACGAACGCGAGGUGCCGGUGCUAGCGACAGCCCCCACCGAAGAAGCCGUCGUGCUGCUCUCGUCGGCGCCAAAGGAUCGGGCCCGGUACGACCAGUACAAAACAGCGUACGGCGACGUCUUGUACCACUAUGGCGCGCUCAACACGCGCUGCGAGAUGCUCAAGCACCUCGAGACGACGCCGGCGCCGCACGAAGGCCUCACCCUCGCGUUGUACUGCCACGCCUGCGGCCACCCAACGAGCGACCUCUACUGCGCGCAGUGCAAGGACUUUUCUGUCAAGUGCUCGGUCUGCGAGCUCGUCGUGCGCGGCGAAUCGAUGUAUUGCGUCAGCUGCGGCCACGGCGGCCACCGCACGCACUUGACGACCUGGUUCGCCACCGAGAGCGCCUGUCCAACGGGCUGUGGCUGCUGGUGCAACCAAGCCAAGGACGCGAUGGAGUUUGCGCUCACGUUGUCGCCGCCGCCCACCGCGUCGACAUCACUCCUCCGGUCCGUCUCGUUUUAA